AAAAGCCUUUCACUUGAUCUCGACUUUUGAGUAGGCAGUAUCCCAGCCUCUACCAAAGUAGAACUUUUGAGCCAUGUUUAAGUCGCGGAAGUCCGCAGGGGGAGGCCCGAUGUCGGGUUUCUCAUCCAAGAUCGCACACACCACGAUACUUCCUUCCCUUGGAAACAAGGAUUUAAGGACUUUACAAGACUUUAUCACUGCCGAGAAAGGGGCCAUAUCAGGACUCCAAAAGUUGUCUCUCGAUUGGGGAAGAGCCGCUGAUGCAUUGCGAACAUGGGGAUCGGGUGAGGGCGACGAUCUUGGGGAUAUCUUUACCCAUGCAGCAUCUAUGCUCUUCCAUAUUUCUAAGGCAAUGGAUCAGUAUGUCGUGCACGAGCAAUCGAUCCGGACCCAUCUCAAGAGUAUCCGCACGAAAGAAGAGGAACUUGACGAACUUCGGAAGCGCAGAAGAAACGUUGGUUCUAAGGCGGAGAGUGCUGAGAAGAAACUCUCUAAAAUGGGCCAGGAACACAAAGGACUUCAGGAACAGACGGAUCUGCUCACACGGCUUCGAGAAGAGAUGCGAUAUCUCGAUAUGCAGAUCAUAACCGACGAACUUAGGUUGGGGGACUUCAAACGGCAAGUUUCAAAGGAGUUUUUGGCCUUAAAAUUUGGUGGUCUUUUACAAUUCGCGGAAAAAGCAGCAGUCGUUGGAGAGAUAGGAAAACUGCUCAUCGAGGAGAUACCACUCGACACAUCGACCCCUGGCCAGCCGCGCCCCUAUUACAACGCAUAUGAAAGGACAUCUAAUUAUUCGGAAGAAGUGACACGCUGUGUAGGAGAAGUCAAGUUUGAUCCUCCAACAUACGUGCUUGCUCCUGCCGCCUCAAUUCAAAACCCACAAUCUGCUUCUGGACCUGACGGUAAAGGUUUGCCUCCGCAUCUACACCAUCAACAGCCUCAUACGAUGGGUGGGUAUAUGACACCCCCUAUUCCCAAUUCUCCAUAUACCCUACCUCACCCAAGCCAGCAUGCAGUGGGGCAACCAGGUUAUAACCACCCUGUAGGGGAAUUCGGCGAAGCGCCUCUAGCACCUAUCCAUCAGCAGCAUUCAACUAUCGCCGGCCUGCCACUGUCGACUGGAAGCGUGCCCCAACAACAUGGAGACCCUCCGCCUCUAAGAUCAUCUCAAGACCAUACUGCAGGUGCGGUGGGCGGUCAUUUCGCUACAUUCCCUCACUCUGGCCCUCGUCGUGAUGUUCCGGAGUUACAGUCGCAGCCUUCCGCAGUGCCACUAUAUGCUCCGAAGCCUGAAGUAGCUUUCUCAGAGACAGUCGCGGAUGUUCUUGCUGCUGACACGUACCUUCGCAACUCAGUUGAUGGUGCACCACGCGAGUCUAAUGAGGAUUCUGCCUAUGGGGGAAUAUCGGAUCCAAAGGGUGACAUUAUGACACCCAACCCUUGGGAUGACAACAAUAAGCUCGUGUCUGCUCCUAUAAGAGUUGACUCGCGCAAUGUGACUGGCCUCCCUUAUACGAAGGAUGCAGCUGCAGCUGGUCGUCGUGGUAAAGGAAGCAGUGAUUUUAAUUACCCCUAUGAGGAUAACGGUGACCUUUUUUGUUCGAAAUCAUGCGACUUCUGCCAGACCUUGGAUGAUCAGGAGACAUCGACGGUGAGGCCAGAUAUAGUUUCACAAGCGCCUCCCGUGUCCAACGAAGAAUACUCUCCCCCGCCUCCAGCCGCUGGUAAUCCUGACGAGGAAGCAAAUGCGGCAGCCUCACGAGAGGCGGCGAGAGAAAUAAAUUCUCUCGGAUUUCAAGCAAAUAGGGGCAGGAGUAAUACCCGUGAUGGUGUUUCUGUGAGUCCAACCCGUCAUCCGGGUUUACCUUCUCGUCAGGGCUCGAGACCGGCUUCCCCCUCAGAAGCGAAUGUACCCCCUUCAUUAAAGAACGAGCCAGAAUCGUUGAGUUCACAGCUUCCACCGCAACCAUUUGUGCCCUCCAAUGCCCCACCUUUAAUUAAUUCGCCAUUUGGAUCAUCACCGUACAAUCAACCACUCGAACUCCGUGUCCGAAGCGGCAGUGGGUCGCUUCUUCCGCUCCCUUUGGUUACGACAGGUCCAUUAGGCGCAAGGACAGUAUCGGCAGGAGCAUUCCGCCGUCAAGCAUCACGGCCGCCGCCACCAGAAAGUGAGGAUGAGAACGCAAGUGCUGGCGGAGCUCUUGACGUCUCACUGGCUUCCACGACACCCCUUCAAUUGAGAAAGAAGGCUUUACCUACGUUGCCUGGUUCUAGCCCAUCGUCGACCAAUCCUCCUCAGACAGAAUUUGGAUCUGAUAUUCCAAGUAACACGGAUAGCCCACCCUCGUACAGCAAAACUCCCCAAAUCACGAGGGACAGCCCUGGUCAACCGAAGGUUGAUUCAUUGUUAGCGAACGAAGAGGAAUUCAUGAGGGAGUUGGAAAGCGAACCUUCUCCCGUUGGGAGUGGGGGACUUCCGUAUACACAACCACUGCCUGCAAUACUGGCAUCGCGCGACCAAGGGAAAGGGAAUAUUGGCUCAUUUUCUGCUGGGUAUGGAAGUGGGAAGUUUUCGACUAAUUUAGAAUGAGAGACUGUUAAAAAGAGAGUUGAGUAUGCCCCAAAACUUAUAUGCCUCUUUCACUUCAGUGUUUUGCUUGUACGACCUUUACUUUACAUACAUAAUAUUAAAUAUCGCGCGCUCCCGAUCGAGCGGAGGAUCAUUUACGAACGUUUUCCUCCUUCACGAUUAAAAGAAUGAUGUACAUUAGGUCGACUGUCCCACGUUAAGUGACAUGCGCAGGCUG